AUGUAUUCCCAAGGGCUUGCCGGUGGCGGUGCGACCGCACAAGCGGGCGCAGCUGGAACACCCCCUAUCAAGACGAACAUGCAGCCGCCUGCGAACUUCUGGGAGGGUAACAACUUCCGGAUUGGCGCUCCGGGCCUGCAAGAGACGCCUGUGACAGACCCAAGCCACCCGGCUAACCCUGCGCAGCCUCAGACACCCGCACAGCCUCAAUUGCCCACCCCACAGACUCCGCCUCCUCCGGCGUGGCAGUCUUACAUUGAUGGGCGCCCCGACAUUGUGAGCGCGUACAGUGAGCAGAACAUGGCGAGCAGCCCUCACCUUCUCGGUGGUGGUGGCCGCGGUGCUGACUUGGAUAGCAACGGUUCGAUUUCCCGCCCUGAAUACUAUCAGUGGCAUUACAACACAAUGGGCCCCGGUUCGGGCUCUCAAGCUGCGUCGAGCCCGCCCCCUAGUGGCCAGGCGCAGACGCCCGCGCCGUCUUUUCCAUCUGUCGGGGGUGGCGCGGGCGGUUCUGCGGGCCGUAAUCCAUUCAUCCCGUACAUGGGUGCGGGCAUGUCUAAUCCAUUCAUAGGGGCGAUGUAA